CGAUCCAACCGUCAAUACACUACUAUGCCACAAAUGUUGUUUGUGUGGGAUUAAUGGCGAAAGUGAAACUUCACUCAUCAAUGAUUUUUCUCCUUGAAUUACCAUAACUGCUGGGAUUUUGAUUUUUUUCCACUCCUUUUUUGUUGCUGUUUUUAUUCUUUCCUUUUCUCUUCCUCUUUAAAACAUUCUCUUCUCUUCUUUCUCUCAUUCUCCAUGCGAUUUCUUCUUCUUCUGCCUCCAUCUCGAUCCCACCUUCUCCGUCAAUCCCGAGGCUUCUCCAUUUCCUUCCCUUGUCAAACCCCGUCGUCCUGAAUUCUCCGCGCAAUCGCAUUGCCCUUUCCGUUUGUUUCCCGGGGAAAAUUUCAGAACCAGAACGGUAAACGGAGGGGUUUUCCGCUUUCGGCGGCUACUCGGGGGAGCUAAAAAAAGCUACCUACUGCUGUGUUUCAGCUUCCAAAUUCGCCGGAAAGAUACUCUGCCUGCGGUAUCUUUUCAAACACAACAUUCGAGCUCGUAGUCUCAUGAAGAGCGAUCUGUUGUGACUGAGGAAUUUCGUCGAGCAUCCAUAAAGGUUUUACGGGUGUUAUAGAAGGAGUGAGAGAGGAUGUCUUCGCCAAGCAAAGCUGAUAAGAAGGCAUCUCUCGAUGCAGCUUCAUGGAUGUUCAAUGUCGUCACUUCUGUUGGAAUUAUCAUCGUCAAUAAAGCUCUCAUGGCUACCUAUGGCUUUAGCUUUGCAACAACACUAACCGGUCUCCAUUUUGCCACAACGACCUUGUUAACUCUUGUUCUAAGAUGGUUGGGAUACAUCCAGCCCUCUCAUUUACCAUUAGGAGACCUAUUGAAGUUUGUUUUCUUUGCAAACUUCUCCAUCGUUGGUAUGAACGUGAGUCUAAUGUGGAACUCGGUUGGAUUUUAUCAGAUUGCAAAGCUAAGCAUGAUCCCAGUUUCAUGUUUUCUGGAAGUUGUCUUGGAUAAAGUACGAUAUUCAAGAGAUACCAAGCUAAGCAUCUUGGUAGUCCUUCUCGGUGUUGCUGUUUGCACUGUUACAGAUGUAAGCGUUAAUGCCAAGGGGUUCAUAGCUGCCUUGAUAGCAGUUUGGAGCACUGCACUGCAGCAAUAUUAUGUACACUAUCUACAACGGAGGUACAAUCUAGGUUCUUUCAACUUGUUGGGGCAUACUGCUCCAGCUCAAGCUUCAUCGCUGCUGCUAGUGGGGCCCUUUGUGGACUACUUUUUGACGAGUAAACGAGUUGACGCUUAUCCAUUCAGUUUCACAUCUGUGGCGUUCAUAGUCCUGUCCUGCAGCAUUGCCGUCGGUACGAACCUGAGCCAGUUCAUCUGCAUCGGCAGGUUCACCGCAGUGUCAUUCCAAGUGCUGGGCCACAUGAAGACCAUCCUCGUCCUGAUCCUGGGAUUCAUCUUCUUCGGGAAGGACGGCCUGAACCUCCAUGUCAUCUUCGGGAUGAUCAUCGCCGUGGCUGGGAUGGUCUGGUACGGCAACGCCUCUGCUAGGCCCGGAGGGAAAGAGCGCCGCAGUCUGUCCAUGAACGGCGGCAGCAAGGCCGAGAAGCACGAAGAUCCCGUGGAGGCCACCGAGGAAGCUGAAGAGAAGGUAUGAGAGGCGAGUGCUCUCUCUUCCAUUCUCUGGUCUUAUGGAGGGAUCAACCAAACAGAAGGUUAUCUUUUUUUUUUUGGGGAGGAGGAAACGGAUAUCUUUACUACCACAGGUCACACAAGCUUUUGCCGCAUCUGUCUUUGAGUGAUCGAUUUUUUUUUUUUUUUUUGUUGCUAUAGUAAUUUAUUUCUCUCUAUUGUGGGGAGGAAAAAAGCUGUAAUUUUUGUUCCACCCACUCGGAAAUUAUUACACACCAGUUUAUGAUUUCGGCAUGUAAUCUUUUGUCUCUCUGUUAUUACUUUUUACACAAAGCUAAUCGAAAUUUUCAGUAGCAUUCGUUUCUUCUAUGGUUUCAACUUGUUAUUUUUGACAUGUUCUACUGCAUGUUGUGCUCUCUUCAUUGACUAUGGUACUUGAUUCCAACCGAUACGGGUAAUCGGUAAU